AUGUCGACGGAUUCGGAGUCGGAUUAUUUUGAUGAUGAUGAUGACUUUGUAGUCCCGUCUACCCCAGAUGGUCCCUCCCGUGCCUCCAAACGCCGACGCGUUGAAACGGAGCGAGACGAAGACGGCACUUCUAUCGAUUCGUUCUCAGAUGGUGAAUUACCAGCGCAACGAGGAUAUUCACCUAUCCAAUUUGAAGAAAAUCAAGGCCGCUCCAAAAAUAAAAGUUGUGUCUUGAAAAAUGCUCAGGUACCGAACGACAUGUUCGUCACCCAACUCACGCAGCCAUCUUCGAGCCCCGAACGAAUACGAGGUCCACGAUGGCAGAAGCCUAGUGCCAAACCCCCUCCGCCGAAAUUUGAUCAGCCCUCGAGACAAAGUGAACAGGGGACACGUGAGAUGGCUCAGGACGAUGAGGGACUGAGGGCUGCCAUCGCGGCUUCCUUGGACUCAUUUGAGGAAGAGAACAUAAACAGAGCGGCCUUCCAGCCCAGGAGCUUUUCAAACAAUCGCCCACCAGUCCCUGCGCCCCACCAACCGGCAAAUGCAGAUGGUCCAGUAGAUGAUCCGUUUGAUCUCGCGGGCAUACCCGACGAUGCCUUUGACUCUUCUCCAUCUUUAUCGCCUGUAACGAGGCCAGCACCACCUGUCCCUGCGCAAGCCAAUCAAGCCAGAGCUCCAAUCCGACAACCUCACCUGAGACAAAGCACUCUGUACGGCAUGAUCGCAACAGACCCCGAGCCCUCGGCACCACAAGAGCCAGGCCCUUCACAGAGGCCUGAACCGCCCACCCAACACAAACUUGUAAAAGAUGCCAUGGACACAUGGAUCUAUCCUACAAAUCUCGGCAAAACGAGAGAUUAUCAGUUUAAUAUCACUCAGGCAGGUCUGUUUCACAAUUUGCUCGUGGCUCUGCCAACUGGUCUGGGAAAGACAUUCAUUGCAGCCACCAUUAUGCUCAACUGGUUUCGAUGGACGGAAGACUCGCAGAUUGUCUUCGUUGCGCCUACCAAGCCUUUGGUCUCCCAGCAAGUGUCAGCUUGUCUCGACAUCGCAGGCAUACCCCGCUCAGAUUCAACAAUGCUUACUGGUGGGGCGUCCCCUGGCAUACGUGCAGAAGAGUGGAAAGCGAAGAGGGUUUUCUUCAUGACACCCCAGACUUUGAUGAACGAUCUGAAGACCGGAAUCGCGGACCCAAAACGGAUUGUCUUGUUGGUUGUCGACGAAGCCCACCGCGCGACGGGCGCCUACGCAUAUGUUGAAGUCGUCAAAUUCCUUCGUCGUUUCAACAACAGCUUCCGUGUCCUGGCACUUACAGCCACCCCAGGAUCCACAGUUGAGUCCGUUCAGGAAGUCAUCGAUGGCUUGGACAUAGCACGAGUUGAGAUCCGUACCGAAAACUCAAUUGACAUCCGGGACUACGUUCAUGAUCGCAACACCGAGAUCGAAAUAUUCGAAAACUCAGAUGAGAUGAUCUUCUGCAUGGAUCUUAUGUCCGAAGCUUUGAAACCCUUGCUCGAACAACUCCACACCCUCAACGCAUACUGGGGACGAGACCCCAUGGGACUCACUGCGUACGGUCUCACAAAAGCGAGACAGCAGUGGAUGUUAUCUGACGCUGGCCGAAAUGCCAAUUUUGGCCUCAAAGGUAAAGUGAAUGCCAUCUUCACCGUUCUUGCCAGCUUGGCCCAUGCCAUCGAUCUGUUGAAAUACCAUGGGAUCGUGCCAUUCUACAAACAUGUCAAUCACUUCAAGUCAGGCAUGGAGGGACAGAAAGGCGGAGGCGGUAAAUACCAGAAGCAAGUUGUACAGCAUGAGAGUUUCAAGAAAUUAAUGGGUCACUUGGAACCCUGGAGCAAGAACCCAGAGUUUAUUGGUCACCCAAAGCUGGAGUACCUGAAGUCAGUCAUCCUGAACCACUUCAUGGACAGAGGCGAAGGAAAAGAGACUGCCGAUGGAACAAGCCAGCCUGCAACACGAGUCAUGAUCUUUGUGCAUUUCCGUGACAGCGCGGAGGAAGUCACGAGAGUACUCAAAAGGUAUGAGCCUAUGAUUCGGCCCCAUGUCUUCGUCGGUCAAUCCAGCGCCAAAGGCUCCGAGGGCAUGGACCAGAAAACCCAACUCCAAAUCAUCGAAAAGUUCAAGAAAGGGACAUACAAUACCAUUGUGGCUACCUCGAUUGGCGAGGAAGGAUUGGAUAUUGGAGAAGUCGAUCUCAUCGUGUGUUACGACUCGUCGGCAUCGCCAAUUCGAAUGUUGCAGCGCAUGGGUCGAACGGGCCGUAAGCGGGCCGGUAACAUCACUCUGCUAUUGAUGAAGGGCAAAGAAGAAGACUCUUACGUCAAAGCCAAAGACAACUACGAAAAAAUGCAACAAAUGAUCGCUAGCGGAUCGAGAUUCACAUUCCACCACGAUCGUUCUGCCCGCAUCUUGCCUGCGGGAAUCCGCCCUGUACCGGACAAGCGACAGAUUGAUAUUCCCCCAGAGAAUUCACAACAAGAGCUACCAGAGCCGAAACGCAAGGGCCGGGCACCAAAGCGACCACCCAAAGUCUUCCACAUGCCAGAUGGCGUAGAGACGGGGUUCACUCGAGCUUCGGCCUUGGAUGGCGACAAACCCAAGAAACCCGCAGCCAAAAAAGCUGCACCCAAGAAAGCUCCAGCCCCGAAAAAGCGACCACGGACACCUACGCCUGAACCUGUUGAUGUUCCCCCUCUCGACGAUGUAGUCCUCGACGCGAGUGCGCAGAAAGACUUGGAAAUGCACUACCAGAACGUCGGGGGUACUUCCCCGCAAACCAUUCGAUUCCCUCGCAACGACGCCUUUCCAAACUUGCAGCUUGUCCCUCGACCUACCAACAGCGUCACACACGGUUCACACACAAAGCGCAUAGUAGCUGCGAUGAAAAAGAUGGGCGAGGCCGACGCCAGUUGUGAUCGUCGAUUCAGAGAAAUCCUCGCUCGCGAACCCCCAGUUUCGGACAAGUCGAGUCUUUUGUAUGAGGAGCCUCCGGCAAAGAAGCCUGCAGCAAAGAAGCCACGAAAUGCUGCUAAGACUCCAAAAACGCCUGCCAAGUUGAAUUCUAAACACACUCCAGCAACAGGCCACACAAUCCCCGCUGGCGGGGAGGUCUUUUCGUUGCUAUCUCCUGAGCCUGAACCCAAAAGCACGACUUUUGGCCUGGAUGAUGAUUUUGAUGAUGAUUCUGAUUUUGACCUACUUGAUCCUAGCGAGUUGUUCAGUAGUGGUCGCAAGAAAGCAUGA